AUGUGGCUGAACAAAUCCUUUGGCUUAUCACCUCCUUUCACUUCGCUUCGCUUCAUGAACGCCACACCACCUGCCAUUCGGGGUUCCAUCCCAAUUUUAUCUAGAGAUCUAGGCAAACAAUGUGUGCAGACGUUUAUCGUUAUUCUUGCGUUGACGUUUGUCAUUAAUUUCUACAAUCUGGGCUACUACGCCUUUCUAUGGCACAUGCGCCUUGCUGUGGACAUCUGCGAGCCUUCUGAGGUCGGCCCACUUCUGCGACAACGAGGUAUUGUGUACAAGGAUUUCAUCAACAUCAUCGAUCACAAGCUGGUAGUCGUUUGUGAUUUACCCGGGUGUUGGGCCAGUAGGAAGAACAGAAAAGCUGAGCCAACAACACGGUCUGGCAAAGGUUAG